CUUCUUCCCUCUCUUUUAAUGAAAACAGUGUGCAUAAGGCAGAGUUGGAGUCUGACUAUCAAUGCAGACAGACAGCAGGAAAUUGCAAGGCUGGAAAAUACAACUCAAAGAUAAGAAGAGGAGAUCUGUUAAUUAAGAAUGGCAUUCCUUAAGAACGUCUGUGUGUUCCUUAUAAUAACAUGCCCCUUGUGUCUAGCAAGACAUACAACCUCUUAUACAGACUCACCAGCAGGCAGUGGAGAUGGAGAAGUCCUGACUGUGAUGUCUCCUAAUCAGAGCCAUGAUCUUAUCAACCUUACAACUGAAGGUCCAGGGUCGUUUUCUAAUGGAACAUCAAACCAUGUUAAUAUAUUUGACAGAAUAACAAAGGUCCUUAAAGAAUACAUGUUGCUUGCCAUUGUAGUUGGUACCUUAAUUAUUCUGUUGAUAUUUGUAAUGUGUGGUGCUAUAAUUAUGAGCCACAAACACAAGGCAUCUGCCUACUACCCUUCUUCAUUCACACAAAAGGAGUAUGUCAAUCACAAUGAUAAAUCUGGUGGGACAAAGGCCUUUAAUGAGAUUCCAGAGAAAGCACAGGAUGCCAAGGCUGAAGAAGUUGUAGACUCUAGUAAACAGCUCCAGGCGGACAUCCUUAGUGCUGCCCAAAACUUAAAAUCACCAGCUAAAGGUGGCAGCAGCAAAGAGGAACACAAAAUACAAGAGGAACUCAAAGAUCCCCAAGUGGAGACUACUACAGAAGACAAAGAUGUGGCUACUAAUGAUAACACUCAAGUAGAGUCUCCCUCUGGAGAAGCAGAAGAAAUUUCAGGUGAGCAUACAGAGGAACCAAAACCUACUGAUUGCCCUGAGGAACCUUCUGCUAACUUAGCUGAGCAGAAGAAUCAAGAGGAGGCAAUUGAAAUUGUGGAUGAGACCAAUCCCCACCCAUGUGAUCUUCCUCCAGCAGAAAACAGCCCCUGCAAGGAACAAGCGGCACAGGAAUCUCCUCAGCAGCCUCCAGAUACAUGUGGAGUUUAAAAGAAUAAGGGGUUACCAUUUUAAAAAAUAUUUUUAAUGUUUGCAAACAACAAGGACCUGUAGGGCAAAUAUCUUUAACUUGUUAAACUGGUCAUAAUAUCAGAAGGACCACACAUUCAUCUAGAUUGAUUUUUUCUGCUAACUCACAUGUAAAAACUUCAAACACAAGACAAGGGCCAAUGCUUUGGCAAUGUUUUAUGGAGAUCCAAUGAUUGCGCAAACAUCAUUACUGCUCAUUACUGUAAUGGCCCCUUUAAGAUUUUAACCUUUAUCCAAAAUAAUGAGAGCAGGAUGAGAGCAAACUUACUUGCUUACUUCUGGCAUUACCAAUAAAAACUGUUCAAUUUCAUGAAUUUGUCAAAGGUUUUCAUGAAGGAUACAAGGGAGUUAAAGUGGGUUAGUGUGUGCAGUUUCUUAACUUUGUUAAGAAUUAUUGUUAAUACGUAAGUGCGGAAGGGUGUACACAUCAAACAUACAGACUGCAUCUAAAUACUGGCUGAUAUUGGAGGCCUUGGGGUAUUAGAAAGAAUGGAGUAAUCCACCAUGCAGAAAACUACCAUAGGGUAAAAUAAACAUGUUAGCCCCACAGAACCUAUGGUUUUUAUAUACCUGCAUUAGAGUCAGUGCAAUGAUAUCUAACCUCUACCUGUUGCCAAACUACAGUUCUUAACAGCUAAAGACUGAUAGUAAAGGUUGGAUUGAAAGUUUGAAACCCAUCAGGGAAGAUGUGAUGCCAAAGGGGCCAAAUGUAUUUCACAAUUAACUGACUUGUGAUGGUACCAAAAAAACAGACUGUCUACAGAGGCUUAAUCCCAUGGUCAGAAGACAAAUAGUAAAAUCUAAUGUUUAGUAUAUUUCACAGGAUGGAAGGCUUCACAAUUUUUUAGUUUGUUGUGCCUUACUUACUUGAAUUGAUUCUUUACUGAUUUUCGUUAUUGUCAUUAACAUUACAGAAAACAUAAAUACAAAUAGUAAAGACAAGCCUGCUAAAAGUAAUACAAAUGAUAUAGUUUCAGCUUUGCAUUAGCCUUCAUAGUUUCACAGGUCUUAAGAAACAAGAUUGCAGGGAGUGUGGCCUCAGGAUUAGCAUGGCAGCAGAAAAAAAAACCUAUAAUGUAUGACAGUGAUAUAGCCUUUUGCCGCUUUAUUGAGUUAGGGGCCACUUUAAAGUGGGGUAAAAAGGACAUUUGUCCUGGUGCCACCGAUUAGAGAGACAAAGUUUAACUUGUGUAAUUGUUCGUAGUUUUAUAUCAGUGAAAUUCAACAUGCGGCUUCUAAAAUUUUGAGGACAAUUGCUACAACAUCCGAGAUUAAAUAUUUAUUUCUCUAAAUCUGGGGCUCCAGCAUUCUUCUAUAGACCUAGGUCCCCUUUUUUAAUUCUAGACCCAGCCAAGUCCAUCAGAGAUAUUUAAACAAUUAAAGAAUUCCAAGUUAUCUUACAUUCAUUUCUAAAUUUCACUACAAGUAGCCAGUGUUCUGUAUAUAUAUAUAUAUUUGAAGAAGUGCCUUAUAAAAAUCUCUUUUUACUUAACUGUUAGAUUAGAUUUUUGCAAUGACAAUUUAUUUAUUUUAUGUAUUCCUGAAAAAAAACCAUAUUACUUCAAAUAAAACCAGGAUGUCUCCAUUGUAA